UCUGAACGCUGCUGCUGCCGCUGUAUGGCGAGUCUCAAGGGCAAAACCCGCUCUGGCAAUAGACUGCCGCGUCGGUCGCACCGGAUAAAACCAUUACUCCCCGCGCCUUUUGCAUCGAGGUUAGAGUGGCUUUGAUUGAACAAGACACACUGUAUCCCGACUGGAGACCUUGGAUUGUAGGAGUGUUUCUGUGACGCCUACUUUUUCCACCCUGAGAGAGAAACACCAGGUGUUUUGAUAUCUCCCCUGAGUGGGAAGUGUGGACUCAGUGACCUGGGUUGGUAUUGCCUUACUUUCCCAGAAGCAGGAGGAAUAUUUUUUUUAGAAAUCAUCCUAAACACAGACUCCAACAAGAGACGGCUGCUUGGCACUGUCCAGGGAUGGUGGACAACUCCCCAGUUAGCGAGGGGGAUUUUCUUCCUUACGGUCGCUCCUCGCAGGCCUACCGUCUGUCUGACAUGGUGACAGACCUGAGCUCCUACCAGGUGAUGCCGUCACCAUUUUCGGAGGACGACCGGAGCGAGUCGUCCAGCCCUCGUUCCUGUUCCAGCCCUGACUCCCAGGUGCUUAGCUCCAGUUACGGCAGCAACUCUAGUGCUGAGAGCCAGGACAGCAUCCUGGAUCACCUGCUGUCCCAGGCCUCUUUAGGGGGUGCCAACAGUGUGCUGGCAGGGUCGGUUGCACCUAUACCAUUAUCCACUUUCUUCUGGGACUCACGGAGAGACGAGCCCCCCAAACGCCUGCCUGUAAAGGAGGAACAUUUUGAUUUCCUAUCCUGGUCCAAUGUGGAGACAGAGGAACAACUUGGAGGGUCCUUCCAGCCCACACUGGAAGAGAUCGAAGAAUUCCUGGAGGAGAAUAUGGAGGUGGUAACGAUGAAGCAGGAAAUCCGAGAGGGUUGUCCGGGAUUGGGAGUGGGACUGGAGGAGGCUCUUGGUCUAGAAGUGGGCUUGGAGUGGUGCAGGGAAGCCUCCCCUGAGCUUAAGCCAGAGCCAGAGGCAAAGUAUUCAGACCAAACUGUCCCCACGGCCAGCACUGCUGGCCUGGCCACUGCUGCCUCGAGUGAGACCAAAACGGCAACAGUUAACCCCACACAUGAAUGCACCACAGGGGCCAAGAAGACGUCAGCCAUCAAACCGUCAUCAUCAGACAGUGGCACAAACGGAAGCGGGAUGCCGGUCGUCCUACAGAUUCAGCCCCUUCAGAUCAAGCAAGAGCCCACGGUAGCUCCUAUUACUCCCGUGGCCCAGCCCCCACCGCCAACCCCGGCCUCAGACAUCAAAAUUGCACAGCUACUGGUCAACAUCCAAGGUCAGACCUUUGCCCUGGUGCCCCACAUCCUGCCCUCCAGCAGCCUUAAUGUCUCCUCCAAGUUUGUACGCAUUGCUCCUGUCCCCAUUGCGGCCAAGCCGCUCGGUCUCGAGGAAUGCUCAGCCGGCCACGGCUCAGGGAUUCUUGUUGGAGGUCAAAAGUUCCAGAAGAACCCAGUGGCGGAUCUUAUCAAAAUGCACAAAUGCACUUUCCCUGGCUGCACCAAGAUGUACACCAAGAGCAGCCACCUGAAGGCCCACCUGAGGAGGCACACAGGGGAAAAGCCUUUCGCCUGCAACUGGCAGGGCUGUGGAUGGAGGUUUUCGCGGUCCGACGAGCUGUCUCGACACCGGCGCUCGCACUCAGGUGUCAAGCCCUACCAGUGUCCGGUUUGUGAGAAGAGGUUCGCCCGCAGCGACCACCUGUCGAAACACAUCAAAGUCCACCGUUUCCCAAGGAACAGCCGGACAGUUCGCACAGCAAACUGACGCUGGGAUCGCUGGGAAUGCUGGGAUCACUCUCAUACAGACAUAAGCGGCCAGAGCACAGUGCGAGUGUGAAGGAGCAGGUGUUUUUUUUGUGCAAAUGUUUGCACCAUUACCAAGUCUUUUUGAUAAUGUAAGUGGAAGCAUGCCUCGCUUUUUGUUUCAGCAGUCCGUGAUUGUCCUAAUUUAUUGUUCAAAUGUAAACCAACACCGUUACCAUCCUGUCUGUGAUCAGCUGAAGGUUGUUGUUGCUGUUGGUGCUUUGGUAUGUUGUACUCCUUAUGUUUGUUCGGUCCUUAUCGCUUGCCUCAGCAGAAGUUAAGAUAAGCCUUUCUUCAUCCAGUCUGAUUAUGUAAUAUCCAGACUGUAACAGUCUAAUGGACCUGGAUCAAAACAACUGCCUUUUAUCUUCCUGAAAGCUGCCAACAUAUUGGACAUUCCUCAUCUUAUGCAAUGUUUAGAAAGUCAGAGGAAGUUCAUUGGGAUCCUCAUUAGCUACUACCACUUAAGUUUUUCAUUGAAAGUAAAGUUGAAUACCUAUAUUGUUCAACUUUGAUGCACAGGGAGAGACCUGGGAAAUCUUGCCAUAAUCUACCUGGGUUCCUCUCAAAAUUUGGUGCUGUCGGGCGGAAACAUCUGUCUGUGGGUUUUACUAAUAUUAAACCAAUGAAAGAGUUAAAAAACGGUUUGCGAAUAAACCUCAAUCUGAUCCUCAAACUGUCGGCAAAACCACAUAGCUCCCCUCCCCUCGUUCUUGAAUAAAACAACGCUCACAGCAGAGCCGAAGGAAAAAAGUGAAAACAUCUCAACAGCAGUCCCAGGGGAUUAAACUCAGCGGGCGCUUGCUGUAGGAGGAUCGCAGCCCUCGCUGAGCACAUUUCCUCGCCACGGCCGCUGGCUCUAGGCCGGCUUUGAAAGUCCUCGGGUGAAGUACAUGAGCAUCACAGCACUAUUUUCCCCCACUUUAAAUGUUUGCUGAGGAGACUAGCGUAGCUAGCUAUGUGACCUCAGUGGCUGAGGGGUUGUUCUAUCAGGGACGGACAAGACCUGUUUUUCCACAUUCGCUGGUCGAAAACCUAGUUGCUCCAUUCAAGCUUGAUUUUUGGUAAAAUAUCAAUAAUGGCACAUGCAAGUACCUGACCAUACAUAAAGACACAAUACCAACUUUGACAACGCAGCGUUCAAUUAUUUAAAAAACAGAUGCUUUUUUUGUUUUUAUUCCUUGAAAAGUAACGGGUUUGAACAUACAAGGUUUCCGCCCGACAGCGACUUUGUAAACCUGCUGUGACACGAGGAGGAGAAUGGCUGAGCAGCACAAGAAAUCCAGACGUGAAAUACAACUAAAAGGGUUAAUCGCACAGUGAUUGUUGAAUCGGCCUUGUAAUCGGUGUUAAAUGAUCUUCAUGUCUUUGUUUUAUGAAGUCAUGUGCGUCUACUUGCUGGUCUUCUAUUUUUAUCGCUUCUCUGGCCUUACUGUACCACGGAAUCCUUACUGGAGAGCCAAACCAUAUGGGAAACCAGGCUUUUCAGUGAUCCAUAUUUUAAUGGGGUGUUAAAGUGACGUUAUAUGUGUAAUAUGGCCCACGUCAGUCGGUGCAUAGCCACGGAGCUGAAUGUCUCAGUCUGCUAUUAUCAUUACUUUGCUGACGACUUGACACAAAAUCUGCCUCAACUCUGCUUUAUUUGUUACUGAGACACCGUGACAGCCUUGACCUCAGCCGGCCGUUAAAGUUACUUUAAGGUGACAUCAGUGGACACACCAUGGUGCUGAACUACCCGGGGGUGUGCUUCUGGGAAAUGAAGUCACAUCAUCCCUCCUGAGGCCACGAUACACUUUGUAAUUGCUCUGGAACAUUUUUUGCUAAGUGUACCCCGCUGUGAAUAUGUAGGGGUUAUGACAACGCCGUCCACGUGUAAUUCAUGCAUGUAAGGUGACAACAAGCAGGAAGGGGGGUAGACAACGUUGCGCAUCAUUCCUUUCAUUCAAUUUUUGAAUUUUUAAUGCUUGUGUGAACACAGGUGUUUUAUCGCAUCCUAUGAAUGUAUGUAAAUAUGCAGGAGUGUACAUCGUGGCAUCCCGGAAACACACAGAGAGACGACUCUGAUACCAUAUCUUAAAAACAAAUCGGUGGUUGUGAAGAUUUCUAGUGUAAACCCUAAAUGUGUACAUAACUUGAAGUUUCAGUACAUAUGAAUAUAUUAUAUAUUUUGUCUUUGUUCUAUCCAAGAUGCAUUUACAAAUAAAACUGAA